AUGCGAUGCGCGAGCAAGGCCGCCGAGAGCGCGUCCGCACGGAGACGUGCGGACGUCGAAGUAGAAACCACAGCGACUGAUGUCUCAUCGGUUGCUGAAGCGACUCAGCCUGUGUCACUUGGUGAUGCAGGCGCUCGUCAUGAAGACACUCAUUUUCUUAUAGAGUAUGAGCUCGGUGUCUCAUACUCUCCUGAUACGGAAGACGGAUCCUUAUCGACGGCGAUUGAAUCCAAGCCGCCUGCCAAGCGUGGCAUGGAUGAUGCUAUGCGUCGCAGCAUCUUUGGUUCAUCUGAUUCAUCAGAUGAACCAUCGCCGAAGCGAAGGCGCUCGAGGUCGCGAGACUCGGGCGCUAAUAGUGGUGUCGGUUCUCCUAUGGACACCACUUCGCAACGAGGUGCCAGUCCUUCCGUCGGAACAUCGCAGGAAGAGCGGGACCGCAAUGUCUUGCGUCUCGCUCCUGAGAAGAAGGCAUGGAUGCCUCCCAAAUCUGUCAUGGAUCACUUGUCGGCGACGACGAGUGAUCGUUAUCGAACACGAUUGUUCGAUUCGUCAAGGAUCCAUCACCUUGACCCCAGCGCGAAGAACUAUCGCGCUGAGAAUGAAUUCUUCAUCGAUGCUUUCUUUAGACAUCGAUGGUACAGUGGGAAUCACAAGCGUGAUGGUCCCUCACUACUUCAAGCGUGGAACGCCUACAUCCAUAACCUUGAGGAUGUAGGUCGUGACGCUUGGAACGACAAACUUAUCAAAGCUCGUGAUAAGUUUAAAAGAGAACCCCGACAGGUGCACGCUUUAAGCUGCAUCGUCUGUCAAUGGAGAAGGGAUUACCCUGCCUCUCUUGGGGAGACUCGUGCCCAUAUUGUGUGA